GCUUACAUUUGGGGAGCUUUAUACCCAGGAUAAAUAAUAUUUAAAAGUUGCAGGGGAACGACAAGACUGGUUUUGCACAGAGCAGCCAUCAGCAGGGUGUACGUACAGGGUCCAGUGUAAUUUGGGCUGUGGUUAAGCGAAGGCUGGGGGCAGCCAGGAGUGAGGGGGUCGGGAAGACCAGGACCCCCUUGCCUGUGGAGGGGUCCCCCCUGCAUCUGUGAUCUCAUUAUGGGGCAUAUUCCAGAACCACCGGACAGACAGGGGUUCAGAGACGCGUUGGAGGGCAAGUACAAAGCCCUGUAAGCACUUCAGAGAGAAGCACCUUCCACUGCCUCAGGCUUCAACAUGGGCGAUAGCUUGGUGCCCACCAGAUAUUCAUCCUCACACAUGGAGAGGAAGAUGAGUGCUAUGGCCUGCACCGUCUUCAAUGAGCUUCGCCUGGAAGGGAAACUCUGUGAUGUGAUCAUCAGCGUGGAUGGUAUUGAAUUCAAUGCUCACAAGAACAUCCUCUGUAGCUGCAGUCACUAUUUCAGGGCUUUGUUCACCAGCAGCUGGAACAACACAGAGAAGAUAGUAUAUAAAAUCCCUGGCACUUCACCUGAAAUGAUGAGGCUCAUUAUUGAGUACGCCUACACCAGAACAGUACCGGUCACGGCUGACAACGUUGAAAGUUUGCUAACCGCAGCAGACCAGUUCAAUAUCAUGGGCAUCAUCAGACUGUGCUGCGAAUUCUUAAAAUCCCAGCUAUGCUUCGAAAAUUGCAUCGGCAUCUGCAGACUCACAGAUUAUUACCACUGUCCCGACCUGCGAGAAGCAGCCUACGUGUUCAUCCUCCACCACUUCGAGGAGAUGGCCAAGGUCUCUACAGAGUUUCUAGACCUCUCUGUCAACGAGCUAAAGGACAUCAUUGAGAAGGAUGAGCUCAAUGUGAAACAAGAAGAUGUCGUGUUCGAGGCUAUUCUGAAAUGGAUUGCUCACGACCCGCAGAACAGGAGGCAGCACAUCGCAGUCUUGCUGAGCAAGGUUCGACUGGCACUGAUGCAAGCAGAACACUUCAUGAACAACGUCAAAACACACGAAUACGUGAGGGACAACGAGGAGUGCAAAGUUCUCAUCAUAAACGCGCUGACGGAAAUGUACAACCUCAAUAUGCAUGGCCCAUCUUUGGAUUUCACCAACCCGCUCAGCCGGCCUCGCCUGCCCUAUGCCAUCUUGUUUGCUAUCGGAGGCUGGAGCGGGGGGAGCCCAACCAACGCCAUCGAGACGUACGAUGCCCGUGCAGACAAGUGGGUGAACGUCACGUGUGAGCAAGAAAGCCCCCUUGCCUAUCACGGCACGGCUUAUUUAAAAGGUUUUGUCUACGUAAUCGGAGGAUUUGACAGCGUGGAUUAUUUCAAUAGCGUCAAGCGGUUUGACCCACUUAAGAAGACAUGGCAGCAGGUUGCACCCAUGCACUCGCGGCGCUGCUACAUCAGCGUCACCAUCCUCAACAACUUCAUCUAUGCCAUGGGAGGGUUUGAUGGAUACAUGCGCCUCAACACGGCAGAACGGUACGAGCCAGAGACCAACCAGUGGACACUGAUUGCCCCCAUGCACGAGCAAAGAAGCGAUGCCAGUGCGACCACGCUGCAUGAAAAGGUGUAUAUAUGUGGUGGGUUCAACGGAAAUGAGUGCCUGAUCACAGCUGAAGUGUACGAUGCCACGACAAGUCAAUGGACCUUCAUAGCCCCAAUGAGAAGCAGGAGGAGCGGAGUAGGUGUCAUUGCAUACGGCAACGAAGUGUAUGCGGUCGGAGGAUUUGAUGGAGUCAACCGGCUUCGGAGCGCGGAAGCUUACAACCCCGCGGCCAACGCGUGGCGCACGAUCCCCACCAUGUUCAAUCCUCGCAGCAACUUUGGCAUUGAAGUGGUGGAUGAUCUUUUGUUCGUGGUUGGUGGCUUCAACGGUUUUACCACUACUUUCAACGUUGAGUGUUACGAUGAAAAGGCUAACGAGUGGUACGAUGUUCACGACAUGGGCAUAUACCGUAGUGCUCUGAGCUGCUGUGUGGUGCCGGGUUUAUCUAACGUCAGGGAGUACGUUGCCAGACGAGACUACUACAUGGACAACUCUUCAAAGGAAGUCAGGUUCACUUCUUCAACAAGUAGCUUGCCUAUAUAAACAGCUCCCCUCAGCCAAUAAAGUCUUCUGAGCAGCAAGUGAAUGUAUUCACUUAUUCUAAAAUAAAAACAACUGAUACAGGCCAAAAGAAUAAUUAGUAUUUAAAACUUUGAUUCUA